GAGUAAGUUCAUCAUUUUAGCCCAUUAGCCAUGUUCAAAGUGUUCUGAAGGAAUAUUUCAUUUGGAUCAUCAUUGGAUUGGCAUUGCUCAAGAAAUUCUCGAAGAAUGUGAAAAGUGUCAUACAAGAACAGUAGGUAGGUAGAAAUGAUAAUCGUUUUGUUCAAGGGGAAAGUUUUAGAAAUAAUUUGUAUCUGCUUUUGAAAAGUUUACAGACCUGAACAAAAGCACAAUGAACUUCAGUCAUUUGCAUGCUUGAAUGCGAUAUAUAACCCAUCCAACAAUACUUUAAAUAGAUUUCAAAUGUUUCAAUGGAAAUACAAACUGUCUGAUUUUGCCAAUGUGAAGGAGUAGGAAUAUGCAGUUUAAAGGCUUAUUGCAUCAAAAUGUUUGACUUUGUGUGAAUAGUUUUUGUCAUUCCGUUCCAGAUCAGAUUGUUUUAGGAGAAAGAUUAUGCUUUCUAUAACAAGUUUAAAAUAUAUUUUUUGGAUUUAUUGUGACAAUUUCUUAAACUUCAGCAAGCUUAACAAAGAAAACGACAAGGCAUUACCAUCGAUGACACUGAAGGAUCUGAAGAAGGAAAGAGAAAUGAAAAAUGAAAAAACUAAACCUAAAGGAGAUCUGGCACAGAGCAGUAGCAGGGAAAAUAGUCGGCGCAGGUAUAGUCGCAGCAGGAGCAAAAGCCGCAGCCGAGAGAGAAGCAGCAGCUACUACAGAAGCAGAGACCAUACAGACAUAUACCGAUGGAGUCGCAGCAGAAGCAGAGAGAGAAGCGGUCGGAGUGCCAGGAAGAGAAGUCACAGCCCAGAUGACGGAGAUGAUCGUUACACAAAACAAAGCAAUAUUAAAGAAAAAAUAGCCCAAAUCCCUGAGUACAGUGUAAGGGAAGAAUUGAGAAAAAGGAGAGAGCUAAUGGAGCUCAAAGAGUUGAUUGCACACCAGAAAGCAAUGGUCUCUAUGGAGCAAAGUGUCAAACAAAUUGAGCCUGACAUUGAGGUAGACAUAGAACGUGGAAUUACAACAUUUGAUUAUCAGCAUGUGCAUCGGGAGAGCAUGUGGAUGCCUGACCUAAAACCAACCAAGUCCAUCUUGAAGAAACAGUCUGAACUUCCUGAUCCUCAAUCUCAGGUUUCUACAUGCAAGGAAACUGCUUCUUUUGUAAAGGGUGAGAGUCUAAACAUGCAAAUGGGAUACCGUCAAAGGAUAAGUGCCUUUGACUUGAAUGAACCUGCCUACUCUAAAUUUGAAAGUGAUUCUAAGAAGAGUUUGACCACUGAAGGGUCUGAGAAGAUACGCUUACCUGAGUUUAAGGAUUCAGAAUUGGUUAGGAAAAAGAAGCGGUUAGAAGAAUUAAGUGAGUCAAUAGGUCGCAAAAUAGCGAUAAUUGCCAUGGAACAAAAGCCAAAGUCCAUUUUGAAGAAACGCUCCGAGCUUCUCAGCUCUCAGAGUGAAACAACCUCCGUUGAUUAUUGUGGUCAAGCAAGUCAAGAUGAUUUUGUUUUUACAAAACUACCUUCUCAGUCAACAGCAGGUGCUCUAUUUGACAGGUCCUCAAAUCGACAGUCUGUUCAUUCUGAUACUUUGGGCUUAUUCAACAGGCUCUUAAAAGAGUCUUCAGCAACCUUGCAUGUAACUGAACCUUCCCAUUUUAACAAGCCAGUUGUACCACAGUUAGUCACGCAAGCAUCCAAUUUAUGGUCUCUACAUGACCCUAAACCUUCCAGCAUGUCCAAAGGUUGCAAUUCUCAAGAUGACCAGCAUUGGGGAUCAUCUCGUCAGACUAAUGAGCACCCCCAUAGCAGUAACCCUUCUGCAAGUCAGGCCGCACUUUUAGAUCAAAAGCGAACCCUUACAACACAAAUGGAGCGCUUCCUUGGUGCUCUCAACAAGGCAGACUCCUGUAUAGUAAACUCAUUGUUUCAUGAGGCUAGAAAUGAUCAGGCUUUAAUGAGCACCCAGAAGCACUCUCAACCACAAUUGGAUAUGAACAUACCCUUCAUGGAUGAGUUAUACGAUCCUUUUAAGGAAGAUGAAGACAAUGGUCAUCAUCCCUUUAUAGGAAGAAGUGUGGGUAAACAUUCUGUCCGAGAACAAACUAAAAGCCCUGUGAAGACUGAAAGCCAUUUUUAUGACCCCAACAAAGAUGACCUCUUGUCUAAUGAGAGAGCUGUACAGGAUGGUAGUCGCUUUUCUUGGCUUGUUGGAAUAAAGGAUUUAGAACCUAACAAGGAUACAUUCAGGGAUGAGCACAAAGUGGAAGAUGAUGUCCUAACCAACCUUAAAAGAAUCAUAAUGAACUUCAAGUCAACAAAAGACACACAGGAAUCAUCAUCAUCAUCAACAACAGUUUCUCAAUUUUCAUACCAACCUGCUUCCACAUAUGUUGUAUCCACAGCUCAGCCUGGCAGUUCCCAGUAUGCUCAAAUUUCCACCAGUCCUGCUUUGUCAACUUCACAAUAUUCUUACCACAGUAAUGAACAAAAGUUUAGGGGUUCUACCUGUCCUUUGGAUAGUAGUCAGAACACUAAUUUGCAGUUAUCUGCAUACCCCUAUGGCACUGUACCUCUACCCCCUAAUCUAGGUUAUGCCAGUGGUCAGCAAGUAAUGGCUCCACAUAUGAUGUCUUCUUAUAGUUCAUACACUACACCAAUGGGCAAUCCUUAUUCUGCGUGUCCUCCACUCACCAUGCCAAUUCCCUAUGGGUUUCCACCUAUCUCCAACCCUCUCCUCCUCUCUUCCAUGAACUCGUCCUACACUACCCUACAUGCUGGUCAAAACAUCACUGACAAAAAGACACAACCUGUUAGAUCUCUGAAAACAAUAGAAUCAAAAGAAACAGUAGUCACGACAGUUGAUGUUAAAGGAGAGCCAAAAGGAAUACCAAAAAAUAAAGUAAAUAAUAGACCAGCAAAAAGUUUGCAGAAGAUAGCAGGGAUAAAACUGGUCUCUACUACAAUAAAGGAUGACAUCAUGGCAAAGCAAAAGAACGAACGGACGAGGCUUCGGAGGAUUCAGCGGAAAAGAGCCAGACGAAGAUUAAACUACAUGAAACAGGCUUUUUAAAGGAACUUUGAAGGCGUUUGAAGUUACAACUGAUGUCGUCCAUAGAGGAGACAUGUGGGAAAGAGGUGGUUAACUUAUCUAUAAAAGAUUGAUGUAGAGAAAAUUACAUCAGAUACUGUCACGCUUGUGGAGUAUCGCCAAUAUUAUUUAUUGCUGAUUUUGUCUUUGAACAUUUUUUUGUAUGUUUUUGUUUUGUGCUUUUUUGACUUACCUAUAUUUUGAUUGCUAGAAUAACUGUAA